UUUUAGAUAUUUAUGACUUAUGAGGUGGAUCUUAGAGGGUACUAGAAACAAUAGAAACAACCGCAUCCGCAAUUUAAAACGUAAGCUCGUCCUCCCGGCAUCGUAUUCUUCCCAUCCGGUGUAUCUCACUCGUUCACCCUCCUCCCCCCUCUCUUCUCUAAACAUCAAAAUAUGGUGGUAAUCGAACCAUCAACCGAAGAAGAACCAGUAAUCAACCCAAUCAAUCACAUCAAAAACCACAAUUCUAGCGAUAAUGAGUCUGAAAUGAGCUCCACAAUCAACAAAGACGUCUCCGAGGGUUUCGAAACUGCUAGCGAUGGUGAUUAUUUCUCCGAUAGAAGCGCUGAAAAUGGCGACGACGAUUAUGAAGGAAAACAACAACAACAACAACAACAUGGAGGUAAUGAAGGAGAACAAGCUGCGCUAUUGACGACGGCUCCCAAAGAUGAUUCUUAUGAAGAUGCUCUUGAUGAUCAUCAAUCGAAACAGAGGGCACUAUCACAAGCUAAUGAUGCAAAAGUAGAAGGGAAUGAGUUUUUUAAAGAUGGAAAGUAUGACGAUGCAUUGUUGAAGUACGAAUUUUCUUUACAACUAGUACCUGAAAUUCCAGAAUCUGUGGAGCUACGUUCCAUAUGCCAUUCAAACCGUGCAAUAUGCUACUUAAAAAUGGGAAAGUAUGAUGAGGCAGCUAAGGAAUCCUCAAAAGCUUUAGAAUUAAAUCCAGCAUACAUUAAAGCUUAUUUUAGAAGAGCGGAGGCUUAUGAAAAGCUUGAACGUUAUGAUGAAGCCAUUUCUGAUAUGAAAAAGAUUUUAGAGCUGGAACCUUCAAAUGAUCAGGCUAGGAAAAACAUUGUCAGAUUGGAGCCGUUAGCCCGAGAAAAGAUGGAAAAAAUGAAGGAAGAGAUGAUGGGGAAGCUCAAGGAGAUGGGAAACAACAUACUUGGUCGUUUUGGAAUGAGUGUUGACAAUUUCAAAGCCGUAAAGGAUCCGAACACUGGUUCGUACUCUAUUUCAUUUCAACGCUAGGAUACUCGAUGGAUAUCUGCAACACGUGAAAACCAAAGCAGCUUCCAAACCUCAUGUUAAAACCUUCUAUUUUGCUCGUAUGUUGGAAAAUUCAAAUGGUUGCAACUGGUAUUCGAUAACUAGGAGAAAGGAAACUACUUUUGCCAGUCGAGGUAGUCCGCUGAAUGGUAGUUUGUCUUAUCAAUCCUUUUUUUAUAAAAACCAAUUGCAUUAUUCAAUCAGUGGCUGUCUCAAACUUUUAGAGAUCACAUGUGACUUGCAAUAAUAUGGCUGAAAGUUGCUUCUGCUCCUUCUUUUACAAACUGCAAUGUGGUUUUGGUGGUUUUCGCUUGACAAGAACCGAUGCAGAAUGCUGUGUUUUUGUCUUUUGGUCCGGUUACUGUUUGGUUUGGUUCGGUUUGGUUCAGUUUGGUUUGGUUUAGUCUUUUUGGCUCCACAUUAGUGGAAAAGUUGAGCUAGCUCAAUAAAAUUCCUGAGUACAUGCUAUGCUACAUGCUGUUGAUAUCCUAAAAUUGUUAGGGCACUUGUAUGACACUGCAGUUUUAUUAUCUGUAUACGCUAUUCAGAUGUUCUGAGUAUUUGUCAAAAAUUGGAUUCGAAUAGACUACAUCAGUUGUCA